GGCUCAGCUUAAGUAUGCACUUCAUAGUACGAAAUAUGUGGGGUACAUUGUGAUAUUGGAGAAAAUAUAUAUAUAUAGCAGCAGAUAGAUCCACUCUGAGACUAAUUCUCUAUAUCAUUAGAUAUAAACCAUCGAAGCUUGUACUAACAAAAGCUGGUGAAAAUAUUUAACAACUUCAGAGGUUUGCAAGUACCGAAAGGAAUAUUGCUAUUUUCCGGUUUCACUAGAAUAUUACAAUGAAAGUCGAAUACGCCAGUUCGACGAACUCGUUUCAAAAGAAUGAUUCAAUGUCUUCAGAGAGUCUGAGCCAACCUAUUCAGAAGAAGAACAAGAAGACAUUUUCUCAAGAGUUUAUGGAUGUCAUUACCUUGAAGAAGAUGUUCGAGAAGAUCGAAGAAAGACCAACGCCACCGGAAGUCUACAAUAUUCGUAUCUACUUAACUGCAAUUAUGGCUUCUGCUGCUGCGAUCAUUAUUGGAUACGAUGGUGGAUUCAUCGGGGGAACUAUGGCUCUUCCAUCUUUCCUAGAAGAAUUUGGUUUGGACGUAAUGACCGAAAGUGACAGAAACUAUGUCAUUUCGAACAUUAUAUCCGUUUUCCAUGUAGGUUGCUUUUUCGGAUCCUUGAUCUCGUAUCCGUUCAGUUACUACUUUGGUAGAAGAAUGUCCCUUAUUAUUGCUGCUGUCACUAUAACAUUUGGUUCUGGAAUCAUGUUGGCAUCUACUGCAACUAGAAAUUUAGGACCUAUUUAUGCGGGACGAGUGCUUGCUGGGCUUGCAGUUGGGUUUUCGACAAAUUUAACUCCAGUUUAUCUCAGUGAAAUUUCUCCACCAGCCAUUAGAGGUAGAAUUAUCGCCAUGUACGAAAUUGGAUGGAGAGUAGGUGACCUUAUUGGAUUCUGGAUCAACUAUGGUAUAUCUGAACAUAUCCCUCAUUCUAAUAAACAAUGGAUUAUUCCAUUUGCAGUUCAAUUAAUCCCAUCUGCAUUGUUUUUGGCUGGAAGUGUCUUUAUGAAAGAAUCACCAAGAUGGCUUUUGAGUACGGGGAAAUACGAUCGUGCUAUCGAUAAUUUGAAAUGGUUUAGACAAUUGGAAGAAGACCAUGAAUACUUAAUCUACGAAGUCAAUCAAGUCAAGGAAUCCCUUGAUAAGCAACAACGUGAAGUCGGCUUAGGUGUCUGGGAUCCAGCAAAGCAAGUGUUCUUCCGUGACAGAAAAUUAUUAUUUAGAUUGGGAAUUACUUCAGGGUUGUUUGUUUUACAAAACUUUAUGGGUAUUCAAUCUAUCAACUAUUAUUCUCCUAUAAUCUUUAAAAAUUUGGGUGUCAAGGGUACCAAUGCUACUCUUUUCUCAACUGGUAUGUUUGGUGUUGUGAAAUUUGUUGCAUCAUUCUGUUACAUAAUGUUUGUUGUGGAUACAUUUGGUAGAAGAGGUGCGUUUAUGGUUACAUCUAGUUUAUGUUCUCUUUGUUUCUGGUAUAUUGGUGCCUAUUUGAAAUUGAAUGAUCCUACUCAACCAGGAGUUAGCGGAGGUCCUGGUGGUACCGCUGCAAUUGCCAUGAUGUACAUCUGGAUUGCUUCCUUCAUUUUAGCAUGGUCAGCUGGUCCCUAUGUUAUUGGAAGUGAAGUCUUUGAUCAAAAUAUCAGAUCUUUCGUACAAGCAAUUAAUGCGGCUGCAUCAUGGGCUCCUAUUUUUGUUAUGUCCAGAUGGACCACCAACAUGAUUGCUGCUAUGCAUUAUGGGAUUUACUUCUUCUUUGCAAGCGUUUGUUUACUCACAGUUCCAUUCGUAUUUUACCUUGUUCCGGAAACAAAAGGUAUUGCAUUGGAAGACAUGGAUAAACUUUUUGAUAGAAAUUUGCCAGCCUGGAGAGCGCACGAAGUUGUUUUGGGCAAUGCAAGAAAUGCAAGUGAGAGACAAAUUCAUGAAAAUAAGGGUUUGUUUAAGAUGGAUACCAACAAGAGUAAUGAAAUUCAAAAUAUCGAAGAUAUUCAACUAUUGACAACAGACAAGAAAGAUGAAAUAGUUGCUUAAUAUUUUUACUUGGUUAAUAAAAAUUUUUGGGAUAUGCUUGUAUAAUUUUUAUAAUAAAUGAUUUAUGAAACUAAUUAA